UUUGCAACUACUCAGAGACAGUACCGAGUGUUCCUGCUGAAGCAGAAACAUGACUGUGGAGGAGUCUUCUUUGAAAAUCUUACAGACAGACCCUACAUCCAGAGAAAGCAUGGAGGAGGGACGAUCUGGUAAAGGCCUCCAAAGAAAAUGCCUACUAAUUACAUCUCCUGUAAUCCCGCUUUACUCUUGCAUCAUCAUUAUUAUGGUCCUAGCUACAAUUGUGAUGGUACUUUCCACUUUUCUGGCAGUGAGAAACACAAAGCCGGUCUCGUAUGUUCUGUAUGUUACCUGCCCAAAAGAAUGGAUUGGAUUUGGAAGUAAGUGUUUUUAUUUUUCUGAAGACACAAGGAAUUGGACAUUCAGCAAGACAUUCUGUACUUCAUUAGAAGCUGUUCUUGCUCAGUUUGAAACCAAGGAAGAGCUGGACUUCCUGAAAAGAUACAAAGGCCCUUCUGACCAUUGGAUUGGCCUUAGAAGAGAAUCAUCACAGCAAGUUUGGAAAUGGACAGACAGCACUGAAUAUAAUGCCUCGUUUGUCAUCAAAGGAGUUGGGGAAUGUGCCUACCUGAAUGACAUUGGACUUAGUAGUGCCAGGAGCUACACAGAUAGAAACUGGAUUUGCAGCAAGACAAUAAUAAUGUCUCCAUUGACUUAGAUACUUUAAGGACUUUUUAGGGAAUUUCACGCACCAUCUCCAAGAGAUGCAUUAUAAAUUGUUAUAUACAGUUGCUGCUGUAUUUCUUGGCCUGCCAAAAAUAUCACCAAUGUGCAUUUAUAAUACUUGUUAACAGCAAAAAGGCAAGCUAUCCUUGAAUGAUGUAAUAUAGGGAUUUGGAAGAGCAUGAUUCUAAAUUAAGUAGGUGUUAAGUAAUAUGAGUUGAUAUUUAUAUUUUGAACCCAAUAAGUAUGAAUGAAUUCCUCUUUUUCUAUACAGACAGCCCUGUAUUUGUAUACAUGGGACCAUAAAAAUGACUAUGAUAGCUGAAACCGUGCAAAAUGAUUUUAAUAAGCAAUGAGAAAAGAUACAAUUGGUUAACACAUUCAAAAUUCUCUUACUGUCAGUUGAAAAUAUAUAGGGAAAUUUUUAAAAGUACUAAGACUAGGGACUUCCCUGGUGGUCCAGUGGCUAAGACUCUAUGCUCCCAAUGCAGGGGGCCCGGGUUUGAUCCCUGGUCAGGGAACUAGAUCCCACAUGCCACAACUAAGAUCCAGCAUGCCGCAACUAAAGAUUCUGCAUGCCAGAAUCUCAACAAAGUUUGAAGAUCACAAGUGCCGCAACUAAGACCUGGCACAGCCAAAAAAAAAAAGAAAGUACUAAAACUAAUAUUUAUUAUAGACUUUGUAUUUUAAAACAUUAGAAACACUGAAAAAGUGCUUUUUACACUUUAAUUCUUAGUGUUUAUGUUUUAAAUUACUGUGUGCUAAAUAAACAUUAUACCUAUAAACAAAUACCAAUCUUUUGUUUACCCUUUAUUGGAUUUUAAAAAUCCUGUUUUUAUCCCAAUUAAAUCACAAAUAGUUAGUUACUUCUACUCAUUAGGCAUUCAAUACCCAACCUCAGAACUGUUUAUAUACGAUUGAAUUUUAGAAGCAAAAUGUUUUAAAUUUUUACUGCAUUAGCUACACUGUACUGAUGAGUCCCAAAAAGGACGAAAUAGCAAUUUAUAAUGCAUCCUCUCUCUUUAUGUACUUCCAUUUCUCCCAUCUCAUUGGUGUAUUUGUCAGCUGCUUCUUUCCUUUUUUAAAAUUUUUAUUGGAGUAUAGUUGAUUUACAAUGUUGUGUUCGUUUCGGGAGUACAGCAAAGUGAAUCAGUUAUAAUACACAUAUGUCCACUCUUUUUUAGAUUCUUUCCCCAUAUAGGCCAUUACAGAGUAUUGAGUAGGGUUCUCUGUGCUUUACAAUAGGUUCUUGUUAGUUAUUUAUUUUAUGUAUAGUAGUGUGUAUAUGUCAAUCCCCAUCUUCCAAUUUAUCCCUCCCUACCCCCUUACCACCUGUUAACCAUAAAUUUGUUUCUGUUUUGUAGAUAAGUUCAUUUGUACACUUUUUUUAGAUUCCACGUGUAAGCGAUAUCAUAUGAUACUUGUCAUUCUUGUCAGUUUCCUCUUGUAAUUCUAUGCAGUUUUGUAUAUAUUUAAUUUUGUGUAUAUUUAUAUGUAUUGUAUAUUUUUAUUAUCAUAUAUACUUGAGAUUAUGUAUUGGAUGCUUUUUGGCUUACAGUUCAUUUUAUCUCAGGUUUUCUAAGAGGCAGGGACUAUGUCUAGUUCACUUCUGUGUCCUCGGAGACUAGUAUUGGGUUGGCCAAAAAGUUCGUUCAGGUUUUGUGAUGCGGAAAAACCCGAACGAACUUUUUGGCCAACCCAAUACAAUGCCUCAAGUACAGCAUAUGUUCUAAAUAUACCUGUGGAUAUAUCUUCAUGACUAUGAGAUCCUGCCCUAUUUGCUUAGCUUUGCUUAGUUUCUGCUAACUUUCUCAUAAAGAAAGGUAAAUUUCCACAGAAAUCUGGAAAGUAAAAAAAAAAAAAAGAUUUUAUAUUGAUAAACUUACAAAUGAAAGUUUAAGUUAGUGUGACUAACUUACAAAUGAAAUUUGAGUCAAACUGUGACCCUAACUGACCUAGUAUUCUUUCACAAACAUUUUCCAAGCCAUGUAUCUAAAGCAUGAAUUCUGUUUCUUAGCUGUGACCUUUAAAAAUUACAUAGCCCCUCAAAGCAGAGUUUCUUCCCAUGGAAAAUACAUAUGAGUAGAGUUUCCUGUGCUAAAUGGGAAGGAAAUCUAAAAAAGAGAGGAUAUAAGUAUAACUGAUUCAUUUUACUGUACAGCAGAAACUAAGACAACAUUGUAAAGAAACUAUACUCCAAUAAAAAUUAAUAAAAAAAAGAAAACAUGUUGAAAUUAAACCUUUGAUGGAUAUGAAACUACCAAACUCACUUGGGGGCAUGCAGACAAAGAAGUCUCGGAACCUUCACAGUUCCUGACAAAAUUGUCAAUCCUGGAUGGGGAGGGGUACAAGUAAGUCUAAAUAAUAUUAAGAAGGAUAUUCUGUACAAAUUGAGAUGACUUUCUGACAUAAAAGAACUUUUUCUUCUAAAUGCUAAUGUUUCUAUAUUUCAUAGACCUUAACUCUAGUUUCAACCUGAAAUAAAAUCACACUUCAACCAGAAAAAAAAUUU